AUGGCGGAUUCUGGGCAUAAAACCAAGCGGAUUGUCUCCGUCAUAGCGGCGACACUGGUCGCUCUCGCUUGUGGUACCAACUAUGCGUACUCGGCAUGGGCGCCUCAGUUCGCCCAGCAGAUGAAGCUUUCGUCGACCGAAAGCAACCUUAUCGGCGCAGCGGGUAACCUGGGGAUGUACGCAUGUGGAAUUCCCAUGGGUCUUUUGACCGACACCCGGGGCCCACGUCUCACAACUCUAAUUGGGGCUGUCUCUCUCGGCCUGGGAUACUUUCCGCUACAUCUUGCAUAUAAGGGCGGCCAAGGAUCUAUGGCCGUUUUCUUCCUGUCCGUAUUCAGCUUUCUGACUGGUUUCGGAAGCUGUUCUGCCUUUGGUGCCUCAAUCAAGACCGCUGCUACGAAUUUCCCUGAACAUCGGGGAACAGCAACGGCAUUCCCCUUAGCCGCGUUCGGUCUGAGUGCCUUCUUUUGGUCGACCACGUCUGCUAUCCUGUUCCAUGGCGACGUUGGCCGCUUUCUCCUCUUGCUGGCCGUCGGAACGUCUCUUCUGAACUUUCUUUCAGUUCCGUUCAUGCGACUCAUGGCUCCCAAUGGGCCGUACUAUCCCGUCUCAAGGUCUCGCUCCGUAGAGUCGAGGCAGUUGCGAAGGCCCAAAUCCACUGACCUACGUUCUGAAUAUGGGGAUUCUGAUGAAGCAGGUAUGCCGUCUUCCACUACAAUCUUUAGCCACUCCGCGGUUCACUCGAGAAACCAAUCCACCGCGUCCCAAUCCCACCCUCCUGGCGCGGUCCCGGAUUUCGACGAGCUGUCGUCUUUGGUUUCCAAAACGCCGUCGAGGACGUCCCGGGAGUUCUUCCAUGAGCGUAGUGCGAGCGAGGAUGAUAGCUUGUCUGAUGUUGUUGAUCCCGACUCACACCAACCAGACAUUAGAGGCUUGGCUAUGCUCCGCAAGAUCGAGUUUUGGCAGCUUUUCAUGACCAUGGCUCUCCUGUCUGGUAUUGGUUUGAUGACUAUCAACAAUAUUGGCAAUAGCGUAAGAAGGUUCCAUAAAACGCACUUGACCUUACUGAUCCCCCCAUAG